GGGGACGAAAAGGAAGCAUUGUAAACCGCGGGAUAGAAAUAGCGGCAAAGAUUUGAUUUAGUGCGGUGAUUGAAAACAAACACUUUCUCAAAAAAGCAACAAGAGCAUAUAGCAUCAUUCAUUCUGUGCUUGGUGCAUUUUUGGAACUCCAAUGGAAAAUGAACGUUAUUGCCUUCCCGCGAUGGAUCUGCUGCGAUCGGAGCCUAUGCAACUGGUUCAAUUGAUCAUUCCAAUCGAAGCAGCUCAUCGAUCCAUCUCUUACCUUGGCGAACUCGGUCUCUUCCAAUUCAGAGAUAUGAAUGCAGAUAAAAGCCCUUUUCAACGGACUUACGCUGCUCAGAUGAAAAGAUGUGGGGAAAUGGCACGCACGCUUCGGUUAUUCAAGGAACAAAUGACGAAGGCAGGUGUUUCACCCUCACCAACUCGGUCAACAAGAGACGGUUAUGUAGAUUUGGAUAGUUUGGAGGGUAAACUUGCAGAACUUGAAGCUGAGCUACUCGAGAUUAAUGGAAACAAUGAGAAGUUGCAGCACGCUUACAAUGAGCUAUUCGAGUAUAAGCUUGUUCUGGAAAAGGUCGGUGAGUUUUUCUCUAAGGCACAAAAUAGUGCUGUAGCUCACCAGAGGGGUCUUGAAGUCCAGACAAUUGUUGAGGGAUCUAUUGAUAGCCCAUUAUUACUGGAACAAGAGACAACAUAUGCGUCAAAGCAGAUCAAACUGGGGUUUGUCAGUGGUCUUGUUCCUAGAGAAAAAUCAAUUCCUUUCGAAAGAAUUUUAUUUCGUGCUACUAGGGGAAACGUUUUUCUCAAGCAGGCUGUGAUUGAACAUCCUGUUCUUGAUCCUAUGUCAGGAGACAAGGUUCAUAAAAAUGUCUUUGUCGUAUUUUAUUCUGGAGAAGGAGUUAAAAGUAAAAUUCAAAAGAUAUGUGAUGCUUUUGGAGCAAAUCGUUAUCCUUUCUCAGAUGACUUGAGUAAACAAUUUCAGCUGAUAACAGAGGUGUCAGUAAAACUUGAAGAAUUAAAGGCAACCAUUGAUGUAGGUAUGCUUCACCGGAGCACUUUGUUGCAGACAAUUGGAAAUCAAUUUGAGCAGUGGAGCAUUCUGUUGAAGAAGGAAAAAUCCAUUUACUACACUCUAAAUAUGCUAAGCAUUAAUGUCACGAGGAAAUGUCUCCUUGCAGAAGGUUGGUGUCCGGUUUUUGCAGCUACUCAGAUUCAAAAAGCAUUGCAGCGGGCAACUAUGGACUGUAACUCUCAAGUUGGAGCUAUAUUUCAGGUUUUACAAACAAAGGAAUCACCGCCUACCUAUUUUUGCACAAACAAGUUUACUUCUUCAUUUCAAGAAAUCGUAGAUGCCUAUGGAGUUGCCAGGUACCGGGAAGCAAAUCCUGGAGUAUACACAAUCAUCACAUUUCCAUUCCUUUUUGCUGUAAUGUUUGGUGACUGGGGGCAUGGUAUAUGCUUAUUACUGGCAUCUUUGUAUUUCAUAAUCAAAGAAAAGAAGUUUUCUUCUCAGAAACUUGGAGACAUAUUAGAAAUGGCUUUUGGGGGACGCUAUAUUAUUAUGUUGAUGGCACUAUUCUCAAUCUACACCGGCUUGAUAUAUAAUGAAUUCUUCUCAAUUCCAUUUGAACUAUUUGGACCAUCUGCCUAUGGAUGCCGUGAGUCUUCAUGCAGGGAUGCUUCUACAACAGGUUUAAUGAAAGUGCGGGGCACUUACCCAUUUGGUGUGGAUCCUAAAUGGCAUGGUACUCGAAGUGAACUUCCAUUUCUUAACUCUUUGAAAAUGAAGAUGUCAAUUCUACUGGGAGUAUCUCAGAUGAAUCUUGGAAUCAUGUUGAGUUACUAUAAUGGAAAAUACUUUGGAAACGACAUAGAUGUCUGGUACCAGUUUGUUCCCCAGAUGAUAUUCUUAAACAGCCUAUUCGGCUACCUUUCACUCCUCAUAAUUGUAAAAUGGUGGACUGGAUCACAGGCUGACCUGUAUCAUGUGAUGAUAUACAUGUUCCUAAGUCCAGCUGAUGAUUUGGGUGAAAACCAGCUCUUUGUUGGACAAAGGUUCCUUCAAAUUGUGCUGCUACUGUUGGCACUCGUCGCUGUACCUUGGAUGCUAUUACCAAAGCCCUUUCUCCUGAAGAAGCAACAUCUAGAAAGGCAUCAAGGUGAAUCUUACUCUUUGCUCUAUGCUGGGGAUGAACCUCUUGAAUCAGAGUCAAAUAGUACUCCCCGCGAUCAUGAGGAGUUUGAUUUCAGCGAGGUUUUAGUGCACCAACUGAUACAUACAAUAGAAUUUGUGCUUGGAGCUGUGUCUAAUACGGCUUCAUACCUACGUUUAUGGGCCCUCAGUCUAGCUCAUUCAGAGUUAUCAAGCGUUUUCUAUGACAAAGUUCUACUUCUAGCAUUGGGGUAUAGCAACAUCAUUGUUCUCAUUGUUGGCAUUAUUGUUUACAUAUGUGCUACUGUUGGUGUGUUACUGGUAAUGGAAAGUCUGAGUGCUUUCUUGCAUGCUUUGAGACUUCACUGGGUUGAGUUUCAGAACAAAUUUUAUCAGGGAGAUGGUUACAAGUUCUUUCCAUUUUCAUUUACAUCACUUAAUAAUGAGGAUGAACUGUAGCUGCUAAAUACUGGACAAUAUGUAUAGAUAGAAAGGUCAAUUUUACCUCAAGAACCUGGCAUGUGUAGUAUAUGAAGCUUUCACUUCAAGUCGCCCAAUUUGUAGUUAUAUCGUGUAUUCAUGUUAUCAGUUGUCUUCUGAAAUAAGAGCACUGAGACAAUGGAAGGUCUGUCUCUCUUGUUUGUUGGCCAUUAACACUUGGAGUCAAAACUCUAAAGCAAGCAGAUUAAGAGGAAAGAAAAACAAUUCCAUUCAGCAACUACAAGUUGAGGCGUUUUCAUUGUACAUCAAAUGCAUAUGACAGCACAUUUAAGUUGAGUGUGGUGUAUAAUAUAUCUGGAAAUUAAUAUAUUUUUUCCAGUUUAUUUUUGAGUCAUUCAUUCAAAUUGUAGUCAUUAUACCCACACAAAAAAUUGUAGUCAUUAUAUAUUGUCAUCUCAGGUUAAUCAUUACGAGACAAUCGUUGGUUGCUUUCCUGAUUCUUUACCCAACCUCUUUUAGUAGAUUUUCACUGAACCAGGCUGUAGAAGGCAAAAUUAUUUUAAUUUUAUAAACUAUACUCUAACUGUCUAACAUUAAAUGCUCCAACUAAUUCAUAAAAUGAAU